AUGUCUCAAGUGCAAAGUCCUUUGACAGCAACGAACUCUGGUUUAGCUGUCAAUAAUAACACAAUGAACUCACAAAUGCCUAACCGUAGCAAUGUUAGAUUGGUCAAUGGUACUUUACCCCCAUCCUUACAUGUUAGCUCUAACCUAAAUCACAACACUGGCAAUAGCUCUGCCUCCUAUUCUGGCUCACAAUCACGCGACGAUUCCACUAUAGUCGGGCUGCACUAUAAGAUAGGUAAGAAAAUCGGUGAAGGUUCAUUUGGUGUACUUUUUGAAGGUACAAACAUGAUCAAUGGAUUACCAGUUGCUAUCAAGUUUGAACCAAGAAAAACAGAAGCCCCACAGCUAAAGGACGAAUAUCGGACCUAUAAAAUUUUAGCGGGAACACCUGGUAUACCACAAGAAUACUACUUUGGUCAGGAAGGAUUACAUAACAUAUUGGUUAUUGAUCUGCUUGGUCCUUCUUUAGAAGAUUUAUUCGAUUGGUGUGGAAGAAGAUUUUCGGUAAAAACUGUUGUACAAGUCGCAGUACAAAUGAUAACUUUAAUUGAAGAUUUGCACGCUCAUGAUUUGAUAUACCGUGAUAUUAAACCUGAUAAUUUUUUGAUCGGAAGACCGGGUCAACCAGAUGCUAACAAAGUUCAUCUAAUUGACUUUGGUAUGGCCAAACAAUAUCGUGAUCCAAAAACUAAACAACAUAUUCCGUACAGGGAAAAGAAAUCAUUAAGUGGCACAGCAAGAUACAUGUCGAUAAAUACACAUUUGGGUAGAGAACAAUCGAGAAGAGACGAUAUGGAAGCUAUGGGUCAUGUCUUCUUUUAUUUCUUGAGGGGGCAGCUACCAUGGCAAGGUUUGAAAGCACCAAAUAACAAGCAAAAGUACGAAAAAAUUGGCGAAAAGAAAAGACUAACAAAUGUUUACGAUUUAGCUCAGGGUCUCCCAAUCCAAUUUGGUAGGUAUUUGGAAAUAGUCAGAAAUUUAUCGUUUGAGGAAACUCCUGAUUAUGAGGGCUACCGCAUGUUACUUUUAUCUGUGUUGGAUGAUUUAGGUGAAACAGCAGAUGGACAAUAUGAUUGGAUGAAGCUGAAUGGUGGCCGUGGUUGGGAUUUGUCGAUAAACAAAAAGCCGAACUUACAUGGUUAUGGUCACCCAAAUCCACCAAAUGAAAAAUCAAAAAGGCAUAGAAGUAAAAACCAUCAAUAUUCAUCACCCGAUCAUCACCAUCAUUACAAUCAACAGCAACAACAACAGCAGGCUCAGGCUCAAGCACAGGCUCAAGCACAAGCCAAAGUGCAGCAACAACAAUUGCAACAAGCCCAGGCCCAGCAACAGGCCAAUCGUUAUCAAUUACAACCAGAUGACUCGCACUAUGACGAAGAAAGAGAGGCGUCGAAGCUUGAUCCAACUUCGUAUGAAGCAUAUCAGCAACAAACUCAACAAAAAUAUGCUCAGCAACAACAAAAGCAAAUGCAACAGAAAUCCAAACAGUUUGCCAAUACAGGUGCCAAUGGUCAAACUAACAAGUAUCCAUAUAAUGCGCAACCAACGGCGAACGACGAACAAAACGCUAAAAACGCAGCGCAAGAUAGAAAUAGUAACAAAUCAUCGAAAGGUUUUUUCAGUAAGCUAGGAUGCUGUUAG